AUGUGUAUGAGAACAACUACAUGUCUGAGCGUGUCCGGGACGAUCUCAUCAAGUGCCGCUUCGGAGCCUUUGCAGGCAAAGAAUGACGACCCCCUUUUCGACCUUCUUCGAGACUUGACCAUGCGGAAGGACCCUGGCGCCCCUGUCGACCCUACUCUUCAGCAGAAGCUUUCUCUCGAAAGUCGCCAAGACGUCACUGAGCGAAGGUAGAAGCUCGAUGCCCUGCAGAAGACUGGAGCACCAAAGGUCAACAUGUCCAGAGCCAAAGCAUAUCUUGAGAGCCUCAGACAGCGCCUGUAUACCCUCGUGGUAGCUGAGAGCCGAGAGAAGUAUUUUGCCGAGGCUGCCAGGUUGAGGUCCCGAGGCUUGUCGACCAGCCACUUGCAAAGCUCUGAGCCUCCGCCCUCCUCCGACCACGUGGCCUUACAUAUGGACGGAUUAAUGGACUUGUUGGCGGGCCAUGCCUCCUCCGACAACGGCAACCACCCUUCACAGGAGUUCAUCUUCGACGACCAUGCCGAGGAACGUUCAGAGAAGGCCAUGGAUUGGCUGUUGAACUACAUGUCCAAAGCAUGGAGCCUUCUUGCUGCCCCAUGUUCAUCACCAACUGCCUCUGAGAACCAGGAGUCGCCGGGGCGGAAAAAAAAUCACCAGAGAAGCCCACUUGCUUCGCGUGCCGGGCCGACUUCGAGCGGCGGGGAAACCUGA